ACACAGCGCAAGUUCUUAUUGCUAAUUAACUAUAUGCAAGUUUUCUCUUCUGACAAGUCUUCUGGGUAAUUAAGUUUUGGCAGAUCAUCCUGAUCAGAUGGAAGAUAAUAUUGUGCAUCGCAUCAGCAGCUUCUUCCACCCCACAGCUCCCCAUUUCUUCAAGAUAAUCCUCCAGCAGACUAUUCGAACCGGAAAACUUGUGGUUCCGAAGAAAUUUGUUAGGAAGUACGGGAAAGACCUGUCCCUGUCGAACGCUGUGAUCCUUAAGGUCCCGAAUGGGGAUGCCUGGGAAGUAGAGCUAAGGAAAGGAGCUAGCGACGUCUGGCUGCAAAAGGGGUGGCUGGAUUUCGCAAACUUCUACUCCAUAAAACACGGGUACUUUCUCGUUUUCAAGUACGAGCCUGGGAGCUCUAACGGGUUCGAUGUGGUGGUGUUCGACAAGAGUGCAACGGAGAUCGAGUACCCAAUGAAAUCUAAGGUGACUUUAUCAUCGAUCAAGGUGGAGAGCAUCAACGAAGACGAUGAUAUUUCUGCAGAAAAGUGGAACCCACAGCCUUCCUCAGGGACAAAGAGGAGUUGGACUAAUACAUGUCCUUGGGAAUAUAUAGGUGCACUCGAACGCGAAGAAAAACUUAAAGCACUUAAAAGAGCAAAAUCUUUCGAAUCCUCAAGUCCGUAUUUGCCGGUGGUGAUGCAGCCUUCUUACGUUCACCCAUCCUAUAAAUUGAGUUUGCCGGGAAGAAUGCUACAAAGCUAUCUGGGUCAACAUAAGAGUGGUAAAAUGGAACUUCUUGUUUCUGGAGACAAAAAUGGUCCGUGUCAUAUUAUAUUUCAGCAUAUGUAAGCCAAGUUAGGUGCAAAAUAGGUAGUGGUUGGAAGGCAUUUGUGGUCGACAACAACAUUGUUUUGGGUGAUGUUUGUGUCUUUGAAUUAAAGAGAGGUCUCAAGAAUGUCUCACUGAAGGUUUCUAUCUUCAGAGCGCCUCGAGUUGCAGAUUCCCGCAUCUUACGAUCACAAGCCAAGAAAAAGCAGAAGAUUGCUCAAAGUUCUGAAUUUCAACUGGUUGCAUUUAUUUCCGAGCGACGUCCUUCAUUCCAAAUGGUCAUGACCGAGGGCAUUCUCUCGCAUAGGUUUCUGAGGAUACCGACCAGGUUCGCAAAGGAGCAAAUAAACUUGAAACUCCAGAAACAGAUGGCGACUCUUCAGAUUGAGGACCGAUCCUGGCCGGUUAAGCUGAUUAUCAGCGGCCAUCCUUGUCCACAGGUUAUGUUCAGUGGUGGGUUAGGGGCUUUUUUGAAGGAUAACUCUCUGAAAGCGGGAGAUUUAUGCACUUUUGAGCUCAUUCAGAAGGCAGAAAUUGUGUUCAGAACUUCCAUCAGAGCCAAAAAUGUGAAGAAGGAUUAGGCAAGUGAGAAAGGAGAAGUGUGAUUCUGUUGACAUAUAUGGAACGAUAACUCGGAUGAUAUAUAUAUAUAUAUGGUGAUAGCAUGUCCGUAUUUUGUACCAGAGCUAGAUUUUUGUUGAGAACUUUUAAGGUUAAUUGAACUUACGGAAUUCAAGAUGAAUCGAC